CUCACCCUCGACGCCACCACCGACCUCUGCUCAGCAAGCCACCGCUGACCUUUGCUCGACGCCACCUCCGCUUGCCCUCUAUGCCACCGCUGCUCACCCUUGACCCCACCGCUGCCUUCGCCAUCAAUGGCACCAACCUCUUCGAGAAGCUCGGCCUCCCCACCUUCGUCAAUCUCUCCACCAAUUUCUACACCAGGGUGUAUGACGAUGAAGAAGAAUGGUUUCGGUCAAUCUUUGCGGAUUCAAAGAAGGAAGAAGCAAUUCAAAACCAAUAUGAAUUCUUUGUUAUUGAUGAGCCGUCGUGGCCUUCUGACAAGACUAGAGAUUGACAUUUCAAUCUUAAGCGCCUUCCAAAGGUCAAGAAUCUCAUCUAAAUUGCCAAUGGACCCCUCUCAUUGUUAUCUUGCAAAGACUUCUUCAGUUGAAAGUGGAGAUUGACUGAUUUGAU